AUGGCGGCCAAGUCCGAUGGCGGUGGCGCGGGGGUGGGCUUCGCCCAGCUGCACAACCUGGAUGAGGCGGUGGGCGGCGGCGGCGAGGAGGACGCGGAGGGCGGCGGCGGCGGCGGCGAGGAGCCGGGCGAGAGCAGCUCGCUGCACAUCUGCCACUGCUGCAACACGUCCUCGUGCUACUGGGGCUGCCGCUCCGCCUGCCUGCGCGCGCUGCUGGGCCGGGCGCCGCGCCGCAGCGCCGCCGCCGACGGGGGGGACCAGCCGCUGCAGCCGCCCGCCGGCGCCCCCGGCCGCCGCGCCACGACGCCCCCGGCCGCGCCCGCGCCCGAACCCGCGCCCCCGCCGCCGCCGCCCGGGCAGCGCCCGUGGCUCGACUGCCUGUGGAUCGUGCUGGCGCUGCUGGUGUUCUUCGGCGACGUGGGCACCGACCUGUGGCUGGCCCUCGACCACUACCGCAGGGGCGACUACGGCUACUUCGCGCUGACGCUGUCCUUCGUGCUGGUGCCGUCGCUGCUGGUGCAGAGCCUGAGCUUCCGCUGGUUCGUGCAGGACUACACGGGCGGCGGGCUGGGCGCCGUGGAGGGGCUCAGCAGCCGCGGGCCCCCCAUGCUGGGCGCCGGCUACGGCCGCGGCGCGGGGCCCUCGGCCACCCCAGGGGCGCAGCGCCUGUGCCGCCUGUCCGUGUGGAUCUGGCAGUCGGUCAUCCACCUGCUGCAGAUGGGGCAGGUGUGGAGGUACAUCCGCACCAUGUACCUGGGGAUCCAGAGCCAGCGGCGGAAGGAACACCAGCGACGCUUCUACUGGGCUAUGAUGUACGAAUAUGCAGACGUCAACAUGCUGCGCCUCCUCGAGACCUUCCUGGAGAGCGCCCCCCAACUGGUGCUACAGCUCUGCAUAAUGAUCCAGAAGAACAGCGCCGAGACGCUGCCCUGUGUCUCCUCUGUGACUUCCCUGCUGUCCCUGGCUUGGGUGCUAGCCUCCUAUCACAAGCUGCUGCGGGACUCCAGGGACGACAAGAAGAGCAUGAGCUACCGAGGGGCCCUCGUCCACCUCUUCUGGCGCCUCUUCACCAUCUCAUCCCGAGUGAUCUCUUUUGCCCUCUUUGCUUCCAUCUUCCAGCUCUACUUUGGGAUCUUCGUGGUGGUCCACUGGUGUGCCAUGGCCUUCUGGAUCAUCCAUGGCGGAACAGACUUCUGCAUGUCCAAGUGGGAGGAGAUCCUCUUCAACAUGGUGGUAGGGAUCGUGUACAUUUUCUGCUGGUUUAACGUCAAGGAAGGGCGGACUCGAUAUCGAAUGUUUGCAUAUUACACGAUAGUCUUGACCGAGAAUGCUGCCUUGACGUUCCUUUGGUAUUUUUACAGAGACCCGGAGACCACUGACUCCUACGCGGUGCCAGCACUGUGUUGCGUCUUUAUUAGCUUUGUGGCUGGGAUUGCAUUGAUGCUCUUAUACUAUGGUGUGCUGCAUCCCAUGGGGCCGCGAGCUAAGAUCCUUGCCAGCUCCUGUUGUGCCGAGCUGCUCUGGGGCAUCCCUUUGCCCCCCGAUGUUGAGCCCAUGGCGCCUCCAACCCCUGGGUACCGGGGGACCCAGGUCACGCCCACCAGAGCCGUAACGGAACAACAGGAGGAUCUCACAGCUGACACUUGCUUGCCUGUUUUCCAAGUGAGACCCAUGGAGCCCUCUAUCCCACCGGGGCGACCUUACUACCCAGAAGGGCCCCUCAUUAAGAUUGACAUGCCAAGAAAGAGGUACCCAGCUUGGGAUGCUCACUUUGUAGACAGGAGGCUAAGGAGGACUAUUAACAUUCUGCAGUAUGUCACCCCCACCGCGGUAGGCAUUCGCUAUCGAGAUGGACCGCUCCUCUAUGAGUUGCUACAGUAUGAGUCUUCACUCUAA